GCAAACACUUCGGUCCGAUCCGGUCCGGUCCGCGCCGCAAACACGUCGAUGGUUCGACCGCAACCGGGUGACCCCUGCUCCGACCAGGCCACCCCCGUUCUCCUCCCCGCCGCCGCCACCGGCGCCUCCCGCUCGUCCCCGGCCGGCGAGUCGCGUAGGAGGGAAGCGCCACCGGCGGCGGCCGCGGCGAGAUGAGCGGCGGCAGCGGCGGCGGCGCCGCGAGCGCGGUGUUCUACGCGGAGAAGUACCACCCGAUCCAGGCGGGCAGCAUCGACGGCACCGACGUCGCCCCCCACGACAACGCCGUCCUCCGCGCCCUCCUCUGCUCCACCGCCGGCCUCUAUGAUCCGUUCGGGGACCCCAAGGCCACCGGCGACCCCUACUGCACGGUGUUCGUCGGGAGACUCUCCCGCUACACCGACGACGAGACACUCCGGAAGGAGAUGAGCAGAUAUGGGAGGGUGAAGAGCAUGCGGCUGGUGCGGGAUAUUGUUACUGGUGCUUCUCGUGGCUACGCAUUUGUUGAGUAUGAAACUGACAGGGAGAUGCGCCGUGCCUAUGAGGAUGCACACCAUUCCAUUAUUGAUGGCAGUGAAGUGCUUGUAGAUUACUACAGGCAACAACUUAUGCCUGGAUGGAUACCGAGGAGAUCAGGAGGAGGGCUUGGAGGGAAGAAAGAAUCUGGCCAGCUUCGAUUUGGAGGUCGAGAGAGGCCAUUUCGUGCUCCCUUGAGGCCAAUUCCGUAUGAUGAACUGAAAAGGCUUGGGAUCCCACCACCACCUGAAGGGCGAUACAUGACACGUUAUCAGGUUCCCCCACCACCAAGACGAAAAAGCAGUGAUAUCUACAGGGAAGAGUCACCUCCCAAGAGAAGAUCCAAAGACAGGGUUGAUAGCAGUCACUACAGAAGAUAUUGUAGCCCAACCCAAGACGACGACAGCACGGUCAGCACCCAUAGGCGGAAAGGUAGCCAUGACCGGCGAGAAGAAACCGAGAGGAGGACAAGAGCAUAUAUCAGCAGAGAGGCCGGCAGCUACAGUAAGCGGAGCCCAACCGAAGACGAUGGUGAUCGUCGUAAGAGGAGAAGAAGCCGAGAGCCUGGAGAAUUAUCUCCAUACAAGGAGGAUGAUGAUAACAGCAAAAGAGGAAGAAGUUCAGUGGAGCCAGGCUUCAGCCCUUAUCAGUCUCAUCACCACAGGCAUCACAGGGAGCGUCAUGACAGCAGCAGCCAUUCUCGCCACGGUGAACGUCGGCAUCAAGACGACCGUGGAAACCACUCCAGGAACAGGAGAUCAGAGAGCCGGGACUACAGCCACUAGAGGUGUCGAGUCCAUGGUGGGUUCCUAGUGUUUUAACCUGAAUCCCUGGCUGCCUGUUCGCUGCUUCAACUCAUGUAUAUGAUCUAGUUUUCUCAGGCGUCCUUGCCUUGGGUUGCCUGUGUAGUGAGGGCUACUAAACCUGAAGUUUCGACUUUGGAAUACAUGAAUUAAUAGAAUUCAUGAUUUAGUUCAAACCUACCUAUAAAAUUCUUUCAUUAAAGCCUUAUUCAGUUA